AUGUUCUCUGCCAUGAAGCGACCUGCAAAAGGUGGAAAAGAGCGACCUGCUAAGAAGCCUCGAACGUUGCAACCCAUUGGACAUGUGGUUCGGGAAGACCAACAUGUCUUCAUUUCUUUGCAAGGUUCUUCUGAGCGGGUUGGCGAAUUGUUUGAAGGCGGACAUAGUGUUGUCUUCAUCCGCAGCAGCGUAGCCACCAGCAAGACCACACUGGCGGAGCAUUUGGCACGUCAGUUUCCCGACAAGUGCGUCAUGGUGCCCUUCACUGGCGCAGGGGAAGAUUCUGUUUGGGAGAGGCGGACUGUCGGCGACGAGUCAGAAGAUCACAGACGACUUGGACGUGGCUUUGGAGCUGGCGGCAAAACGAAACCUGACCUUGGUCUACGACGAGGCUCACACGCUUGUUUCCUCACGAAAGCUAUGCACAGCACUUUUGAAGAGCAGCACAGGCUACGGACCAAGGGUCUUGCUUUUUUCAGCCGCAGGGAGGCUUCGUCUAACCAGCAAAUUGUGGCUACACCCGCUGAAAGCACCCAGAAGUUCAUGUGGACGCCUCCCUUGAGCCACACCUCGGAGCUUCAGGAACAGAUGAAGCAAGCCGGUGUGAUGCUUGACCAGAAGAGCAUCCAGUUCUUCAUCCAGUUUUGUGGUGCACAUCGAGGCACCUUCAUCGCAGCAAUGUAUUGGGUGAAGAGCAAGCAGACGAGUGGUGAAAGCUGGGACUUCAAAAAGACGGUGGAGUCUGUGCGGAAUAGCAAUAGCAAUGGAGGGUGGGCUUGUAGCGACGCCGAGAUUCUGAGCACUUUGAAAGGGAGCCACGCAGUGAAAGUCAAAGGACGAUACAGCUGUGUUAGAGCUCUUGUGUGCAGGGCCACGGCCCAUCAGACAAGACAUUCGGAGGGAGCUCAUCGUGCGUGCACUCAGCAAAAUGGUUGGAAGUUGAAUUGA